UCUCCAAUUCCCCGCCAAUCACGGACUCUGGAGGCUGCGAUCUCGAGGAAGAUCUCGAGGAAGAAGCCUUGGUACUUUUUAAACCCCCCCCCCCCCCGGCCUUUCUUCCUGUUGCGGCCGACCUCGACAUCCCAGCCGGCCGGAGAACCGUUUCGACCGGCCGCUGACACGGCGCGUCUGCAGUGCGGCAUAGAUGGGUUUGACCCUCAAAUAACCUCUUGGCCAGCAUGAAUAUCGCACAACCCGUGGGGUCGGCGCUCGAAAGCGUCGAAUUCACCUUUCUUUCUCCCGACGAGAUCCGGUCCAUUUCCGUCAAGCGGAUCGAGAAUGACAGCACCUUCGACAAUCUUCUCAACCCGAUACCCGGCGGUCUCUACGACCCCGCCCUGGGGUCAUGGGGCGAUUCCUUAUGCCGGACAUGCAAUCUGAACCAGGCCCAAUGCCCGGGCCAUCCGGGUCACAUCGAGCUCCCCGUACCGGUCUAUCACCCCGUCUUCAUGGACCAGGCGUACCGCUUGCUCCGCGCCCAGUGCGUCUACUGCCACAAAUUCCGACUGCCGCGUCACGAAAUCCACAAGUACACUUGCAUGCUCCGGCUAUUGCAGGUUGGCCUUGUCCACGAGGCGAACAUGAUUGAGUCGUUUUCCGCCAGCGACCUGGGAGAGCAGCUCAGGAAGCUGAGGUUAUCCGAUGUUCCUACGGUCGAGGCGGACGAGGCGGAAGAGGAGGGGAACAACCUGCAUGACAGCACCAUGCGCGCCAGGGAGACGUAUGUGCGGCAGGUCCUGCGGGAGCAUAGGCUCAAGGUCAACGUUGGCGACAUCAGGAAGGGCAAGCAUGAGGGCGCGGCCGAGAUGAGGCGGGCGCUGGUGAAGGAGUUCCUCGCCCAGAUUGUCAAGGAGAAGCGGUGCAGGAGUUGCGACGGCAUUUCGCCCGUCUAUCGCAAGGACCGUUGGGUCAAGAUCUUUGAGCGCGACCUGAGCGAGAAGGAAAGGGCAGCUAUGGCACAAGCUGGGAGGACGCGGGUCGACGCGCUUGCCCUGAGCCGAAAGGCCAAGAAACACCACGAUCUUAAUCCUGACGAGGGUAUCGCCGACGUCGACUCAUCUUCUGAGGGGUCGUCCGGAGAGCGCGACAGCGAGGGCGAGGGCGAGGGCGAGGAGCUCGACGAAAACGGGGAUGUUGUCAUGACCGACGCCGCCGUAAAGACGCGACGGAGCAAGUCGAAAGCGGCGAAACCGGCUCAGCGGUACCUCAGCACUAUGGAAGUUCACAAGCGCCUCGAGCUGCUCUUCGAGAAAGAGCAGGAAAUCCUAUCCCUCCUCUACAACUCGAAGCCCCGACCGAGAAACUCCAAACCGCUCACAGCCGACAUGUUCUUCAUUACCGCCCUCUUGGUUCCCCCCAACCGUUAUCGCCCAGAAGCUCGCAUGGGGGAUUCGCAGAUCUCCGAAGCUCAGCAGAACAACCUCUACAAGAUGAUCCUAAGGAGCGCUUCCAACGUGGCGCAGAUCUCGCGGGAGAUCAGCAGCCAAACCAAAGAGACAGCCGCGGACGAGGGCAGGAGGACCAGGGACAUGAGCUCGCUGUACCAGGCGUGGACGGAACUGCAAGACGCCGUCAACUCCCUGAUAGACCGUGACAAGAACCCGAUUCAGGGUGCCGCCGCCAAGCGAAACGAAGAGGGGAUCAAGCAGAAGCUCGAGAAGAAAGAGGGCCUGUUCCGGAAAAACAUGAUGGGCAAGCGUGUCAACUUCGCUGCCAGGAGUGUCAUCUCUCCCGAUCCCAAUAUUGAAACCAACGAGAUCGGAGUGCCUCCCGUUUUUGCCAAGAAACUCACGUAUCCCGAGCCGGUGACGAGUCAUAACUUCAAGGAUCUUCAGCAGGCAGUCAUCAACGGUGUCGACAAGUGGCCUGGUGCCUCGGCCAUCGAGAACGAGAACGGCCAGAUCAUCAACCUGCGCACCAAGUCACUAGAAGACCGUAUUGCGCUGGCGAAUCAACUUCUCGCCCCGACCGGGAACAACUUCAGCGGCCAGCGCAAUAAGAAGGUACAUCGGCAUUUGACCAACGGUGACGUGGUCUUGAUGAACCGGCAACCGACGCUUCACAAGCCCUCCAUCAUGGGCCACCGUGUCCGCGUCCUGCCGGGAGAGAAGACGAUCCGCAUGCACUACGCCAACUGCAACACGUACAACGCCGACUUUGACGGCGACGAGAUGAACAUGCACUUUCCGCAGAACGAGCUCGCGCGCGUGGAGGCCCUGCAGUUGGCCGAUACCGAUCACCAAUACGUCUCGGGAACAGCCGGGAACCCCCUUCGUGGUUUGAUCCAGGACCACUUGUCAGUGUCGGUGGAGUUGUGCAGCAAGGACGUCUUCCUCGACCAGGGGGCCUACCAUCAGCUCAUCUACAGCGCACUCCGACCAGAGAGCGGACACAUCACGGGCGAGAGGAUCGAGCUCGUACCUCCAGCCGUCAUCAAGCCCGUUUCCCGCUGGACGGGGAAGCAGGUCAUCACCACCAUCCUGAAGAACAUCAGGCCGGCCGAUUGUGGGAAUCUGUGGAUGAACGGUUCUGCUAAGAUCAAGAGCCGUAGCUGGGGCGAGGACUCCGAGGAGGGCCAGGUGAUGUUUCGGGAUGGCGAGUUCAUCAGCGGCAUCCUUGACAAGUCACAGCUGGGCCCAAGCAGCGGCGGCUUCGUCCACGCCGUCCACGAAAUCUACGGCCCGUCAGUCGCGGGGAAACUGCUCAGCAGCAUGGGUCGGCUACUGACCCGAUACCUGGCCAUGAUCGCCUUCACAUGCGGUAUGGACGACCUUCGCAUGACGCCGCAGGGCGAGAAGGACCGCAGGGAGACGAUCAGGGCCGCUGCAGAUAUCGGUCUCCGAGUGGCGGCCAAGUACGUGUCGCUCGAGGAGCAGAAGCCGACCAAGGACGAUCCUCUCCUCCUGGAGCGUCUCGAGGAGGUCCUCCGAGACGACAAGAAGCAGGAAGGCCUGGAGUUGCUGACCAGCCACGCGCUAGCCGAUCUCUCGUCCGAGAUCACCAGGCUCUGCCUGCCCGCCGGUCUCGAGAAGCAGUUCCCCAAGAAUCACAUGCAGUCGAUGACGACUUCCGGUGCCAAGGGCAGUCCCGUCAACGCCAACCUCAUCUCGUGCAACCUGGGUCAGCAGGUACUCGAAGGCCGCCGCGUCCCCGUCAUGGUCAGCGGCAAGACCUUGCCCAGCUUCAAGCCAUUCGACACCGAUGUGAGGGCAGGCGGUUAUAUUGUCAAUCGUUUCUUGACGGGCAUUCGCCCGCAGGAGUACUACUUCCAUCACAUGGCCGGUCGCGAGGGUCUGAUCGAUACGGCCGUCAAGACGUCCCGUUCCGGUUACCUCCAGAGGUGUCUGAUCAAGGGCAUGGAAGGUCUAAGGGUCUCGUACGAUUCGUCGGUCCGAGACUCGGAUGGCUCGGUCGUGCAGUUCCUGUUCGGCGAGGACGGCAUCGACAUCUCGAAGCAGAAAUACCUUAACGACUUCGAGUUCGUCCUGCGCAAUCUCGACUCGCAGCUGCCACAGAUCAGGUACCACGAGCCCGGAACCCAGGCCUUGUUCGAGCACAAGGACGAGGUCAUGAAGCGGAUGAAGAGCGCCAUCCGGUCCAGCAACACCCGCAACCCCCUUGACCCGGUGACGGCAGAGCUCGACCCUAGCGCCUUCGCUUUCGCCACGUCGGAGAAGUUCUACACCAAGAUGAUGGACUAUGUCAAGACCAACAAGGACGGCCUGAUCAAGGAUAAGAAGGGCCCGGAGAAGCAACAGGGCCUGAUCGCCCGCAAGACCGCCGAGAAGAUCUUGGCAGCCAAGUACAUCCGGUCCCUGGUCGAACCUGGCGAGGCCGUCGGCAUCGUGGCUGGGCAGUCUGUCGGAGAGCCGUCAACCCAGAUGACGCUGAACACAUUCCAUCUGGCAGGUCACUCGGCUAGGAACGUGACCCUGGGUAUCCCGCGUCUCCGCGAAAUCCUGAUGACGGCCAGCACCAAGCCGUCGACGCCGUCGAUGACUCUUGUCCUGAACGAGGAACUCUCGGAGCAGGACGGAGAGCGGUUCGCAAAGUCCAUCAGCGUGCUCCCGCUGGCCCACGUCACCAAGGAGGCGGUGGUCCGCGAGCACGUCGGGCGCGGUAUCGGAUACGCCCUGGCCAAGUCGUUCGAGAUCCGGCUGCGUUUCUUCAAGGCGGACGAGUACAUCAAGAUGUAUGCUAUCACCAUCGCAGACGUGCUCAACACGGUGGAGCGCAAGUUCAUCCCGCUCCUUUCCGCCCUCACGAGGAAGGAGAUCAAGAAGAAGCAAAAGCAGAACAGCGCCGCCACGCCCGAGAUCGGCGUCAAGUCCGGCGUGGUGGAGAUGGCGGCACCCAACCCGGAACGGGAGAGGGGGCCGGGCGGCGACGACGAUGACGACGACGAGGAGGGUGAAGAGGAUGCCACGAGCGCCAAGCAGCGAGCCAACCGGUCCGAGGCGGUCUCGUACGGGCCGAAUGACGAGGAGGACGACGCGAUCCAGCAGCAGCUCCAGCGCGAGACGGACGACGCCGAAGAGGGCGAGGAGCAGCUCGAGUUCGUGGACGAGGCGUACGGCGGCAGUCCGGAACCGGAGGACGGGCUGGGCGACGGCAAGACGGACGAGGGGCGGUCGCGGUCACGCGAGGCGCGCAUCAAGAACAAGAACGAGCACGUGGCGCGGUUCCGGUGUGACGAGGUGGGCGGCGAGUGGGUCGACUUCACGCUCGAGUUCGACGCGUCCAUUCCCAAGAUCCUGAUGCUUAGCCUGGUGCAGGAGGCGGUCAAGAAGUCGCUGAUCCAGCAGAUCGACCGGAUCGGCACCGCCACGUUCGAGCCCAAGAAGGUGAAGGACGCCGUCACGGGCGAGGAGCGCACCGAGCUGCUGGUGCACACCGAGGGCGCCAACCUGCGGGCCAUGCAGCAGUACGGCGACUACAUCAACCCCAACAGGAUAUCGACCAACGACAUCGCCCAGGUGCUGGAGGUGUACGGUGUCGAGGCUUGCCGGAGCAAUAUCGUCCAGGAGCUCAGCGCCGUGUUCAGCGGCCACGGUAUCGCGGUCGACCCGCGGCAUCUGAACCUCAUUGCCGACUACAUGACUAGGGCCGGCGGCUUUACGGCGUUCAACCGGAUCGGCUUGACGAGCAACGUCAGCCCAUUCACCAAGAUGAGCUACGAAACCACGGUCGGGUUCCUCAAGGAUGCGGUCCUGGAGGGUGACUGGGACUGCCUGGCGACGCCGUCUAGCAGGCUGGUUGCUGGCAAGUUGGGCACGCUGGGCACCGGCUCGUUUGAUGUUCUCACCAAGGUGCCGACGGAGCACAAAGCUGCCGUGGCAUUCUAAGCGGCCGCGCGGCAUGCUUGAUAACUUGAGAUUUUACAGAUGUGGAGAGACAGACUUCAAGGACACCUGUUGUUGUUGUUGUUGUUUUUGUUGUAUGUGCCAUGUAUGGGUGCGGUUUGGUGUAUGUAUGUAUGUAUGUAUGUAUGUAAUCCGUACAGUUACAGAUAUAGCUGUUGUUGGUAAAUGGCCGGUACGGAAGUUGCUGAUUUCAAAAUUUUGGGUCGAACAGUUUUUUUUUCCUCUUAGCUCUCCCUCC